GUGCCAUGCAAACACUGCAAAGUUUGCAAGAAGCAAAGAUGGCCAUGGCCAAAAGCUUAGCGCCGGUGCUCAUCUUUACAUUCUUCUGCUCCUAUGCCUCUAUCUCUUCCCUAGCUUCCUCUGAUGACUUCCUCCAAUGCCUCUCGGCGAACAUUCCCACCCAGCUCGUAUACACACAGAGCUCGCCUUCGUUCACGUCGGUGUUGAAGUCCUCCAUCAGGAACCCAAAGUUCUUCACGCCUACCACGGUGAGGCCGCUCUACAUCGUCACGCCAACAAACGCCUCCCACGUGCAGGCCGCCGUGGUCUGCGGCCGCCAGAAUGGAUUGCGCAUCCGCGUGCGCAGCGGCGGUCAUGACUACGAGGGCCUGUCCUACAGGUCCGAGCACCCCGAGGUGUUCGCUGUGGUCGACCUGUCAAACCUCCGCGCCGUGCGUAUUAACCAGCAGACGUCGACCGCGUGGGUGGACUCCGGCGCGACUCUCGGCGAGCUGUACUACGCCAUCGGGCAGGCGAGCAAGCAGCUGGCGUUCCCGGCCGGCCUGUGCCCGACCGUCGGCGUGGGAGGACAUUUCAGCGGCGGCGGCUUCGGUAUGCUGCUGCGCAAGUACGGCGUCGCCAUAGACAACGUCGUCGACGCCGUGUUGGUCGACGCCAAGGGGAGGCUCCUGGACAAGAAUGCAAUGGGGAGGGACGUCUUCUGGGCCCUCCGAGGUGGCGGUGGCGAGAGCUUUGGGAUCGUUCUGUCGUGGCAGGUGAAGCUCGUGCCCGUCCCGCCGACGGUCACGGCGUUCAGCGUCCCAGUUUCCGUAGACCAGGGCGCCGUGGACACCGUGACCAAAUGGCAGGAAGUGGCACCGGCCCUCCCGGCCGACCUGUUCAUCAGGGUGACCAUCCAGAAACAGACGGCCAACUUCCAGUCCCUGUACCUCGGCACGUGCGACGCGCUCCUGCCGGUGAUGGCCAGCCGCUUCCCGGAGCUCGGGGUGAACCGCACGCACUGCAAGGAGAUGACUUGGAUCCAGUCCGUGCCUUACGUCUACCUUGGCAGCGGCUCUACCGUGGAGGACAUCCUGAACCGGACCACCUCUUCGGCGGUAUUCAGCAGCGGAUACAAGGCGACGUCCGACUACGUGCGGCAGCCCAUUGCCAGGGGCGCGUGGCAGGAGAUAUUCACGUGGCUCGCGCAGCCCGACGCGGGGCUCAUGAUCCUGGACCCCUACGGCGCGCAGAUCAGCAGCGUCCCGGAGUCGGCGACGCCUUUCCCGCACCGCGGCGGCGUGCUGUACAACAUCCAGUACAUGAACUUCUGGUCGAUGGCCGGUGGAAACGGAGUAGCGCAGACGAAGUGGAUCAGGGACUUCUACGCGUUCAUGGAGCCGUACGUGAGCUCGAACCCCCGGGAGGCGUACUUCAACUACAGGGACCUCGACCUCGGCGAGAACGUCGUUGUGGGCAACGUUAGCAGCUACCAGGCCGGCAUGGUCUGGGGCGAGAAGUACUUCAAGCUCAAUUACCAGAGGCUCGCGAUGGCGAAGGGUCAGAUUGACCCCGACGACUACUUCAGGAACGAGCAGAGCGUCCCGCCACUCGCUCCGAGCAAGUGACUACCAAAAUGGUCGCUAUUUCGCGUAUGUGGUAGCUACACAUUUGAUUGUGUCUGUUUAUCGACGUUUCAUGUCUAUCUUAGCAGUGCGAUUUAUGUUUGUAUAUCUCAUUUUUCGUAAAUAAAUCAAUAAACUGUCGAGGUAUUCGAACUUGGCUUGUGAA